GCUACAAAAUCAGUAACAAAGUAUUCGCAGCAUUGGUUAAACGAUACACUCAGGAGGAUGAAGGGGUUAUCGACUUUGAGGACUUCAUCCUCUGCAUGUUCCGUCUGAAGAAUGCAUUUGAAACGGCAAAUGCGCAGCCGAAAAACCUGGAGGGAAACUGCUGCUUCCUUCUGGAAGAUAUGGAUAAAUGGAUCGUUUAA